UACAAAAGUCUCGCGAUAGCUUGCUUCUUGUUUAGAAUUCCCGAAAGAUGGCGGCGGCGGCGGCGCCUCCGGAUGAGGCCAGCCUGCAGUCUCGCAUCAAUAAGGCCACCAAUCCUCUGAAUAAGGAAACUGACUGGGACUCAAUAAAGGGAUUCUGUGAUCAGCUCGAAAAUGAACCGGAAGGGCCUCAGCUUGCAACUAGACUUCUGGCACAUAAAAUUCAGUCUCCUCAGGAGUGGGAGGCGAUGCAAGCGCUAACGGUUCUUGAGACGUGCAUGAAGAACUGUGGAAAGCGAUUUCAUAGUGAAGUGGGGAAGUUUCGCUUUCUCAAUGAGCUAAUCAAAGUGGUUUCACCAAAGUAUUUAGGAGCCCGAGCUCCAGAGGCAGUGAAGAAGAAGGUCUUGGAGAUGAUUUACAGCUGGACGGUGAGACUCCCAGACGAGACCAAGAUAUUGGAAGCAUAUCAGAUGCUGAAAAAACAGGGCAUUGUCAAGCAGGAUCCUGUGCUUCCCGUUGACAAGCCCCUCCCACCCCCUCCACCCAGAGCCAAAAGUGCCAUCUUUGAAGAUGAGGAGAAAUCCAAGACGCUGUCCCGCUUGUUGAAUAGCACUCACCCUGAAGAUUUAAGAGCAGCAAACAAGCUCAUUAAGGAAAUGGUCCAAGAGGACCAAAAACGAGUGGAGAAAGUGUCGAAGCGAGUGAAUGCCAUCCAGGAGGUGAAGGAGAGCGUCAGCCUGCUGAGCCAGCUGCUGGAGGGCUACAAUAAGGAGAGCUGUUCCCAGAGCAACCAGGAGCUCAUUAAGGAUCUCUACAAUCGCUGUGAGAAGAUGAGGCCUACCCUAUUCCGAUUAGCGAGUGACACUGAGGAUAAUGAUGAAGCUUUAGCGGAUAUCUUGCAGGCCAAUGACAGUUUGACGCAGGUCAUUAAUCAGUACCGACAGCUCGUAAAGGGAGAGGAUGUGACUAAAGAUGGCAUAAACUCGUCUUUACAACCAGGCAACAGUAGCUCAGCACUUGUGGAUCUGACAGGCCUUAACAUAUCAGCCAACACCGCACCGUCUAACACGGACUCCUCCAGCCUGCAAACUCUGACUCAGAAUAUGGGCUUGAGCCUCUUGGAUGAUGAGCUCAUGUCACUUGGACUGAAUGUAACCGAAAACGGUGACUCUCAGAACACUUUUCAGACAUCAGAUAUAACAGAGGUAUCUACUCAGUCUGCACCAGCUUCAGUGUUGCUACCAGCUGUGGUUCAGAAACCACGGGCUCCACCAGUAGGGGGGGCUACUGCUCCUCCUAAAGCCAUGGAAGAGCUGGACCUGUUGGGAAAGGCACUGCUGCAGCAGUCUCUGCCUCCAGAGAGCCAGCAGGUCAAAUGGGAUAAGCUGCAGCCUCAAUCAAGAGUCCCUUUACGAGAUCUCCAGGCUAAAUCCAGCUCAAAGCCCGCACCUGCUGCGACUUCCACCUCCACCUCUAGUUCUGCUACUGCUCCUGGGACCAGUUCGGUCAUCCAUUCAGAGCAGUCUGAUGCUGUGCUGCUCUCCAAUCUUACACUCACAGUUACUGACAAAGCCUCAUUACCUACUGCUGACACUUACGACAGCAUCUCUCUAGCUGAUGUUACUGUGCCGCUGGAAAUGAUCAAACCUAGCACCUUGUUACCAGUCACUGUAUUUGACAAACACAGUCUCCGAGUUUUGUUCACCUUUGCCCGCGACUGCCCUCCAUCACGACCUGACGUGUUGGUGGUGAUCAUCUCCAUGCUGUCUUCAGCCCCUAUUCCCGUUACCAACAUCCGCUUCCAGGCAGCUGUGCCCAGAGUGAUGAAAGUCAAGCUUCAGCCUCCCUCCAGUACUGAGCUGCCUGCCUUCAAUCCCAUCUUGCCUCCAGCUGCCAUCACACAGAUUUUACUGCUAGCGAACCCUCACAAGGAGAAAGUCCGUUUGCGGUACAAGCUAACUUUCAACCUGGGGGACAAAUCUCACGAUGAAUCUGGUGACGUCGACCAGUUCCCACCUCCAAACACUUGGGGAAACCUUUAGUGUGAAGGACCAGUAUCCUGUCAUGUGAUCUGCUGCUUCCUUUACAUUUAGGUUGAAGCUUUCCCUCAAUGCUGACCGAGGCCCGGAGACCUUCUUUACGCUUCAGUGGUUUCAAACUCUGGAAGCAGUUGCGGGAACCAGCUUCCACCGCGUGCCUUGGUUCACAGCCUUUUUGUCCUUAUUUGAUCAUAUCCAUGUUCCCAAGCGUUGUUACUGAUCGCUUUUCUUUUCCUGUCCAACAAUCAGUCCAGCACAGCGACAUAAAGCCGACUGCCCGAAAUGAUUCAGUGCAGUGGCUUUUGGUAAAACACGUUUUAAAAAUUGAAUGUGUGCAUUUAUCCAGUAUACAUACUGCAAAGUGUUAACAUGUAAUAACAGCUCAUAUCUGACAUUUAUGUUAAAGGAGAUGCUGAUCGGAGACUGCAUUUCAGCAGAUGUUUGAGCGUUCAUGGCAGAUCUGUCACUCCAUACUCACUUAGGUCAGCUGAAUGUUUCAAGUGAUGUUUUUAAACAAUCUUACCAAAAGCCAGAAAACAUUUUGUGAUUUAGAAUAUUCUUUGUUUUCUUAUUCAUUUCUUAUCAAAUGAUGGAAUUUAGCACAACUUUGGUGCAACGCGUUAGCAAACCACCUCCAGUUUAAAUGAAAACUUGAAAAGGGAAAUAAGACAAACAGUCAUCUCCCACUUAUGACACCACCGAAGAAGUUUUCCAGUUGAGCCAAGGGGUAGAGCUGUUCAGCGUACGAAGAUAAUGAUCUGUAAUGAUGCAGUAACCAAUUCAAUGACGAAUUGGAAUGUGAUUUAUUUUUUUUUCCUUUUAAAGAAUAGUCUGAGUUUUAAUGUAUUUGGAGGUAUUACAUAUGGUUGGUGUGGGUGUCAAAGCUGUGAGAAUGCACAGCAGCCGUGUUAGCGGGUCAUCGUAGGAAAAGCACAGGUGUGACUGAAAACUCGAAGGAAAGCUUUGCUUUGUUCAGCUGGACCAAUAAGUUUGGAUUUGUGAGCCAGCAUGGAGAAUACCAGGACCCUAAAACUGAACCAGCUAUUAUUUACUUUUUUGUUUUUUAAGAUUAUUUACAGCGGUGCUUUUUCUCCUGUUGCAUCAAAAGGCCCACAAGUGAAAUCGCUGCCUCUAAAAAUAUCUGCACUUUUGUGUUAUUAAAAGAUUGGGACACUUUAUCACCUUAUGUUAGACUCAGGAUUUUGAGUUAAUCUUACAUGCACUUAUUGUGUCUAAAUUUGGCAAAUGAAAUCAUUCCCGUGUACACUACAUGGUCCUUUUGUUUUUAUGCCUUUAUAUGGUUGAUUGACCCAAAGAUUGACCCGGUCUUGAGGUGAUGUCACUGGCAUCUGGUUUGAUUCUGCCAUGUGCCUGAGAUGAAACCUUUUUUUUUUUUUUUUUUUUUUUUUUUUUUUUUUUUUUUCUUUUGUACAUAUAUGUAUACAAAUGGCUGAUCUGAUCUUUGUUUUCAUUUGUUCAUAUACUUACCGGGAAAGACUUUGUGAAACAAAUGACACACAAAAAUGAAUUCACGGGAUUAUUCUAAUAACCACGGCUGUUGGGUUGAUUGGAGCACAGUCUGUUAUCACUUCUGAGUGGAGACAGAUGGGCUUUGUCUAAGAGGCAAUUUAAGAAAUCACUCACUGUGUAAUAUUGAUUCCGCUGUACAUGUAUUAAAUUUAAUUUGAUAAAUUGA